UCAAAACAACUUCAAAAACCCUUCCUCGCCCGCCACUCUCUCUCUCUCAUUCCCGACCCGCUCGGAACCCUAAACUAUCCUCUUCGCUACCCGCUACCCAUAUUCUCUCUCCGCCACGCUCUCUCUCCUCCCUCCACCACAAUGCCUCACAAGCGCGAGUUGAGCUCGCCUUCGAAAGCAGCGUUGUCGUCCAACAAGAAGCUCAAGACAGAUGAAGAAACUCAGACUCUCGAACAUCCUGACGCGGCUGUUGCUCCGCAACCCAGUGAAAAGCCGGAAGAAGACUGUUGCCGGUUCGUAGGAGACCCGGUUCCCGACGAUGAAGCCCGGCGUAGGUGGCCUCAUCGGUACGCGGGGAAGGGCAAGGAGAAGGAAAUUGCUGAGUCUAAAUGCUCAAAGCUAAAUGCGAAUUCUGAAGAAAUUGUACAAGCUAGAUGCCAUUACACAAUGGCUGAGGUCGAUGGGCGAGUAGUAUUCAACCUAGAGGAUGAAGCCCACGUUAAAGCUGACGAAGGUAAAGAAUACUUUAUCUGUCGGAUUAUAGAAAUGUUUGAAGGAGCUGACAACGGGCUAUAUUUUACUGCUCAAUGGUACUACAGAGCAACGGAUACGGUUAUUCAAAAUAGUUUGAAGUCCGUUCAGCUUAUUGACGCUAUAGAUGAAAAGCGUGUAUUCUUCUCCGAAGUCAAGGAUGACAACCCUUUAAAUUGCCUUAUUGAAAGGAUAAGAAUUGUCAAAAUGCCUUCAAAUGUGGAUUCAUUGGCGAGGGAGGGUGAAAUUUCAGAUUGUGACUAUUAUUGCGACACAAAGUAUCUAGUGCCAUACUCUUCAUUUGUUAACUUGGCACUUGAUAAUGUCAUGAGUGGAAGUGAAUCCGGUUCAACCCUUUCUAGUGACUCUGAUGUUGCAGCAGUAGGGGGCGGAACCAAGAUUGAUUCUGAAGAGGUUUCAAAAUAUGAGAACAAGAAAGUGGAGAUGACGCUUUUGGAUCUCUAUUGUGGAUGUGGUGCGAUGUCAACGGGCCUUUGCCUAGGUGCCAACAUGGGUGGUGUUAAUCUCGUUACUAAAUGGGCCAUUGAUCAGAACUCAAAUGCAUGUGAAAGCCUCAGAUACAAUCAUCCUGAGACUGAGGUGCGGAAUGAGAAUGCAGAAGAUUUUCUGGCUCUUCUAAAAGAGUGGAAGAAGCUCUGCGACUUGUUCCCCUUGAUAGAUAACGAGUCUUCGAAACAAGACGAUGAUGACUGUCCAAAUGAGGAAAGUGAUGAUGAUGAUGGAUCUGAUGAUUCCGAAGAAUAUGAAGUUGAAAAAAUUCUGGCCAUAUGUUAUGGGGAACCAAAAGGGAGUAAGAAGCCGGGACUUCAUUUUAAGAUCCACUGGAAGGGCUAUGGGUCUGAUGAAGACAGUUGGGAACCUCGAGAUGGUUUGGGUGCUUGUAAGGAUGCGAUGAAAGAGUUUGUACAUAAAGGCUACCGCUCCAAGAUUCUGCCUUUACCUGGUGAUGUUGACGUAAUAUGUGGAGGUCCCCCAUGUCAGGGAAUUAGUGGAUUUAAUCGUUUCAGGAACAAAAAUGAUCCCUUACAAGACCCGAAAAAUAAACAACUUACUGUUUUCAUGGACUUUGUAAAAUACUUGAAACCAAGAUUUGUAUUGAUGGAAAAUGUAGUUGACAUGUUAAAGUUCGCUGGUGGAUUUCUUGGACGAUACGCUUUAGGACGUCUUGUUGGCAUGAACUAUCAAGCUCGAUUAGGAAUUAUGGCAGCUGGUGCUUAUGGACUUCCCCAAUUCCGAAUGCGUGUCUUCUUGUGGGGCGCUCAUUCUUCAGAGAAAUUGCCCCAAUACCCCUUACCCACACACAAUGUUAUUUUGAGGGGUGGUGGUCCAACUGAAUUUGAGGGGAAUGUUGUUGCAUACGAAGAAGGUCGACGAGCUAAACUUGAGAAGGAACUUUUUCUCAAAGAUGCCAUUUCUGAUCUCCCACCUGUUAAGAAUGAUGAAGAGAGGGAUGAAAUGCCAUAUCAGAGUGAAGCCAUGACAGAAUUUCAGCAAUUUAUUAGAAUGGGGAAGGAUGAGCUUUUGAGCUGUUCAGCAGCGCGGUGUGAACCGUUGAACCGGAGUCUCUAUGAUCAUCGUCCUCUUCGAUUGAGUGUUGAUGAUUACCAACGUGUUUGUCAAAUUCCAAAGAGAAAGGGUGCAAACUUCAGGCAUUUGGAAGGUGUUAGGGUUUGCGCUGAUAAUAAAGUUGAAUGGGACCCUGAUGUUAAACGGGUGUAUCUAGCUUCAGGAAAGCCUUUGGUCCCUGAUUAUGCAAUGACUUAUGUCAAAGGGUAUUCAUCUAAACCAUUUGGCCGGUUAUGGUGGGAUGAGACGGUGCCGACAGUCGUCACGAGGGCAGAACCUCACAAUCAGGUUAUAUUGCAUCCGGAACAAGAUAGGGUUCUCACAGUGCGUGAAAAUGCUAGACUACAGGGUUUUCCAGACUACUACAAGCUAUUUGGCGCUAUCAAAGAAAGGUACAUUCAAGUAGGGAAUGCCGUUGCAGUUCCUGUUUCUCGGUCAUUAGGAUAUGCCCUGGCUAUGGCAGCCCAGGGCUUAUCCGGGGAAGAACCUGUCUUUACUUUGCCGGAGAUAUUUUCAAGAAUGUCAGCUGCGCUUCCAGUUGUUGAAGAUUCUAUUUAGUUUCUGUAAUUCAGUACUUCAUUCAUUUAUGUUCCCAGGGAAAUCAUUGAAAGUGGGUCAAAUUUGGGGUUAUUCUUGGAAUUUACACCUUAUUCUUGGCCUUUUGGCCUUUUAAGAAAUAUGGUUGCUGCUACUUCUCAUGUAUUCAUCUUAUUACCCAUUUGAUUCUCUUUCAUAAACAUCGUAGUGGGAAGUUCUGUUUUUAUGCUACUAUAAAUAUGUAUUUCUUGGCUUAUUUCUUCCAU